AUGGAAGAUUCAACUGUUCAUAAGAGAGCCACCGAUCAAUUCAAUCGGACGGGGUUCGAAUUAGAGAAUGAUGGGUUACUUCCCGUAACUCAGCAGGAUCUGGAGAAAUCUUUAACUCCUAGGUCUACCAAAAACUCCUCGUUGGCCAAAAUCGAUAGACCUGCAUUUAUAAUAUUGGUGAUCUUGUAUCUUCUUCAGGGUGUUCCAGUUGGAUUAGCCUUUGGAUCAGUACCAUUUAUGUUGAAAACAAAAUUAUCAUAUUCUCAAGUGGGGGUGUUUUCCUUAGCAGCAUACCCUUAUUCAAUGAAACUUCUAUGGUCUCCUAUAGUUGAUGCUAUAUAUUCCCCAAAAUUGGGUAGAAGAAGAUCUUGGAUUAUUCCCAUUCAAACGCUAAGUGGUAUUACAUUGAUAUAUCUUGGUUACGUGAUCAAUGAUUUGAUUGAACAUCCUCAAGAUAACUUAUCUACUAUAACAUUUUACUUUUUCGUGUUGGUAUUUUUCUGUGCUACUCAAGAUAUAGCUGUUGAUGGUUGGGCCUUGACUUGUUUGUCUCCAGAUAGUUUGUCUUAUGCCUCCACGGCUCAAACUAUUGGUAUAAAUACUGGAUAUUUUUCAUCUUUUACGGUAUUUUUAGCCCUUAGUUCACCAGAUUUUGCCAACAAGUAUUUGAGAUCAGUACCAUUGGAUGUAGGGUUGUUCACUAUGGGUGGAUACCUUAGAUUUUGGGGUUGGAUGUAUCUUUUUGUCACAUGUUUGAUUUUUUUAGUCCCAGAAGAUCCUCCUCAUUUAGCUAAACAAAAUCAAGCCAAAUUAGCUGCUGAAAAAUUGAAAAGAGAAGGUCAUUAUAACAAAUCUUCAUCCAAAUUGACCAAUGUAUUGAAGAAUUCAUCUGACGUUUAUUUGUCGAUGUAUGAAAUCUUGAAAUUACCCAAUAUUCAAACAUUUGUUGUAAUCUUGUUGAUUUCCAAAUUCGGAUUCCAAGUCAACGAAGCUGCCACUAAUUUGAAAUUACUUGAAAAGGGACUUUCUAAAGAAGAUUUGAGUAUAACAGUUCUUAUUGAUUUCCCCUUUGAAAUGGUUUUCGGAUAUUAUGCGGGAAGAUGGUCAACAGGGAAGAAACCUUUGAAACCUUGGUUAAUUGGGUUUGCUGGUAGAUUAUUUGCAGCCUUUUUAGCUCAAUUGGUAGUAUUUUUCUUUCCUAAAGGUGAGGUAAGUGCUGGAUAUUUCCUUAUGAUCAUUUUACAACAUUUACUUGGGUCUUUUAUGUCUACCAUUCAAUUUGUCUCAUUGUGUGCUUUUCAUACUAAAAUUGCCGAUCCUAGUAUUGGAGGUACUUAUAUGACAACAUUGAAUACUUUAUCUAACUAUGGAGGAACUUGGCCAAGAUUAAUCAUCUUCUAUAUGAUCGAUAAACUAACUAUCAGUAAAUGUAUCAAUGCUGGUGUUGAAAAAUUUAUGAAUCUGGAACUAGACAAAGAAAGUUGUAAAAGUCAAGGAGGGAGUAUUGAAAUUUUAAGAGAUGGUUAUUAUUACACAAACUUCUUUUGUGUAGGAUGUGGGAUCUUGAUCUUGAUGUGGGUCAAAAGAAAAGUUGAAUAUUUACAAUCACUUCCAAGCAGUGCCUGGAAAUUAAGGAAUUAA